GUGACUCCUCCACGUGCUAUAAGUAUAGCGAGAUCCCUCUUCUAGAUGCUGGAGAUGGGCCCGCUGACACCUGACGCACACCCCGAGGUGGGAGAAGCCAGCUGCCGGGGACACGUACCAUGGCCGCCAGCGCCAAGAGCAGCAAGUCUGCACCCAACCAUGUGAUCUUCAAGAAGGUCUCCCGGGACAAGUCGGUGACCAUCUAUCUGGGGAAGAGAGACUAUAUAGACCAUGUUGAACAAGUAGAGCCUGUGGAUGGUGUCGUGUUGGUAGAUCCGGAGCUUGUGAAGGAAAAGAAAGUGUAUGUGUCUCUGACUUGCGCCUUCCGCUACGGCCAGGAGGACAUCGAUGUGAUCGGCCUGAGCUUCCGCAGGGACCUGUACUUCUCUCAGGCCCAGGUGUUCCCGCCCGUGGAGGCCACCAGGGCCCCCACGAAACUGCAGGAGAGCCUGAUGAAGAAGCUGGGGGACAACACAUACCCCUUCCUGCUCACGUUUCCUGAUUACUUACCCUGUUCGGUGAUGCUGCAGCCAGCUCCGCAAGACACAGGGAAGUGCUGCGGGGUCGACUUUGAGGUCAAAGCAUUUGCCAGAGACAGCGCAGAGGACAAAUCGGACAAAGUGCCCAGGAAGAGCUCCGUGCGUUUACUGAUCCGGAAAGUACAACACGCGCCAGCGAAGAUGGGUCCCCAGCCCCGAGCUGACACCUCCUGGCAGUUCUUCAUGUCCGACAAGCCCUUGCACCUGGCUGUCUCCCUCAACAAAGAGAUCUAUUUCCAUGGGGAGCCCAUUUUGGUGACCAUUACCGUGACCAAUAACACAGAGAAAACGGUGAAGAAGAUUAAAGCAUUAGUAGAACAAGUGGCCAACGUGGUUCUCUACUCGAGUGACUAUUACACCAAGCCGGUGGCCCAGGAAGAAACACAAGAAAAAGUGCCACCAAACAGCACUUUGACCACGACGCUCACGCUGGUGCCCUUGUUGGCCAACAACCGUGAAAGACGGGGCAUCGCCCUGGAUGGGAAGAUCAAGCACGAGGACACGAACCUUGCCUCCAGCACCAUAAUAAAGGAGGGCAUAGACCGGACUGUCAUGGGCAUCCUGGUGUCUUACCAAAUCAAGGUGAAGCUCACGGUGUCAGGCUUUCUGGGAGAGCUCUCCUCCAGUGAAGUGGCCACUGAGGUGCCUUUCCGCCUCAUGCACCCCCAGCCCGAGGACCCAGCAAAGGAAAGUCUUCAGGAUGAAAAUUUGGUUUUCGAGGAGUUUGCUCGCCAAAAUCUGAAAGACUCAGGAGACCCCGAGGAAGGGAAGAAAGGCCAGGAGGCCGGGGAUGAGUGAGAAGACCACUGGGAAAUGGGGUAGUUCACAGCACGAUGAGCCACGCUCCAGAGUUAGCCCUUUAGUUAUACUAAAUGCCCAAGUGUGAGUCUUCUUCACAGAAAUAAAGUUUGUUC